AUGUAUGUGAAAUGGUUUGAUACAGUAAUGUUUUACUAUGUUAUUUUAGUGAAUUUAGUGAAUGUCACUUUUUGUCAUUUUAAAAUUUCCCGCCGAUACGUCCCCAUAUGUCCUGACGCUCGCAGGGGACGGAACCCAGAAGGCAGAUGCCGGCAUCCGCCGGAGGACACUGCAGGAGGGACAUCGCGGGAGCGCAGGACAAGGUAAGAGAAGAACAGAUCCCAGAGCAGCGCCGCAUGGUAAGCCCGAGUGUAGCUCGGGGUUACCGCUUUUGCUACACCCGGGAAUACCGCCAGGGAGGCUA